GGCCCGCAGGACGAUAGUUUGUGGCCCCCACCUUAAUAUGAAAAUAAAUUUAAUAUUAGUGCGGCCCGCGAGUUUGAUAAUGUAUGACACUUUACAGUGUUGUGUGCGGAGCUGAACUAACCUACCAAUCGGGGUGGGAUAUGGAUCUCAGGUGACUAUCAGCCGGGCUUGAUGCAAGCAGGGAAACAUUUCUCAAUGAGUAAAAGUUACAGCAGCAUUGCCCUGGAGUGUUUCUUUCUUUUCUGUGCCUGGCUGGCUGCCUCCUUUCUAUUGGGCAAACGCGGACAUUCGCCCCAGCGCGCUGCGUUCACAACACUUCAAAAAAAAAAUUUUUUAAGUUGCUGCACAGCGGGACAUUACACAUAUAUAGAUUUAUACACACGUCAGUGGGAUUUUUAGUUAUUUUUUCACAGAGAGAGUCCUCAUAUUAACUUUGCGAUGCAUAGGCGGCGGGAUAAAAGAAAAGCAAUGAACUCAAUGCAGCCCAAUUUAGUCUGCAGUCCCAUAGCGACACCUGUUCAUCGGCAAUAACAGUCCCCGGUAACCCGGACUAAGUAUAGGGUCGCACCGUAAUUUUUGGUUUGAUGUUUUUUAUUUGCAUCACUCCGUUUGCAUUGCAGCAUACAUGAACAUUACAUAUAUUUCAAUAUAAUGUAAAAGCAGUCAAAACAACUAACAUCAGAAACAGGUGAUGUUAUGUGUUAUAUGUCACGGUGUCAUUUACGCUUCUUUUUCCUGUAACAACAGCCCGGCGGCUAACAGUCCUUGAGCAGUCGCCUUUUUUGCGCUCGCUAUCCCUGUACUUUCUACCAUCUGCAAAUGCCACGGUGUUCGUGUCAUCAUGAAAGACGUGAACAUCGACCGUAAAAACAAAGGAGACUGCUACCGGCUUUUUAUCCGCCGAUCGCCGUGCUACGGUUGCAAGAAAAAGAAGGGGAAAUGACGUUCUCUAUGCGUUGAGACGUCCGUCAGCUAAAUGCUUGAUUGAAACUUCAAUGCGACAGUGACACCAAGUAGAGUUAUAAAUGUUACAUAGCCCCAAACAUGUCUUUUUCAAAGCCUGCAGUGAAGAGAAAGGUUGGUGAUGAGCACCGACAAUUUCAGGAAAAGUGGGAAAUGCAAUAUUUCUUUGUUGAGCACAGGGGCACCCCGACGUGUCUUAUUUGCACAGAGAAAGUUGCAGUGCACAAGGAAUACAAUUUGAAACGUCAUUACACAACUAGACAUGCUGAGGUGUAUGCAAAAUACCAGGGAGAUGAGAGAGCAAACCGGGUUGCCAGUCUUAAAGCAGAUCUACUGAGGCAGCAAGAUUUCUUCAAGAAAGCAACCAAAGAGAAUAAUGCAGCAGUGGAAGCUAGCUACGUGGUUAGUGAGAUGAUUGCUAAAGCAGGAAAGCCAUUCACAGAAGGUGAAUUUGUCAAAAAGUGCAUAUUGCAGGCUGCAAAUAUAGUCUGUCCGGCAAAGAAAGGUCAGUUUAUCAACAUCAGCCUUUCUGCCAACACCGUAGCAGAUCGCAUUUCUGACAUGUCAAAUGACAUUUAUGACCAACUGUGUGAGAAAGCCAAAUGUUUCAGUGUAUACUCAGUCGCUCUUGAUGAGACAACAGACAUCACCGACACUGCCCAGCUCGCAAUGUAUGUCCGUGGUGUUGAUGACAGUUUUGAAGUGAUGGAGGAGCUGCUCACAGUAAUUCCAAUGCAUGGCCAGACCACCGCUCAGGAGAUAUUUCACAAGCUGUGUGAUGUCAUUGAGAAUGUUGGUUUGCCAUGGAAGAGGUUUGUUGGAAUAACAACAGAUGGAGCGCCAUCAAUGACAGGGAGGAAAAAUGGACUGGUGGCACUUGUUCAAAAAAAACUGGAAGAGGAAGGCGUGGAGGAGGCCAUUGCUCUGCACUGCAUUAUCCAUCAGCAGGUCCUUUGCAGCAAAUGCCUGAAGUUUGACAAUGUGAUGUCUAUUGUUGUGAAAUGCAUCAACCAAAUCAGAUCCAGGGGCUUAAAGCACCGAAGGUUCCGUGCUUUUUUAGAGGAAAUGGAGUCAGAAUAUGGGGAUGUGCUCUACUUCACUGAGGUGCGUUGGCUCAGCAGGGGAAAUGUAUUAAAUAGAUUUUUUGAGUUGAGAGCAGAAGUGAAAGCCUUCAUGGAGAAGGAUGGAGUUAGUCUUCCUGUGCUAAGUGAUCCCAAAUGGCUCAUGGACCUAGCUUUUCUUGUUGAUAUAACACAUGAGCUUAAUGUACUAAACAAGAAGUUACAAGGCCAGGGGCAACUUGUCAGUGCUGCCUAUGACAACGUGAGAGCAUUCUCCACAAACUUGCGCUCUGGAAAGCCCAGCUCUCUCAGACAAACCUUUGCCAUUUCCCAGCAUGCAAGGCACUCGUGGAUGCAGGCACACCAUUCAGUGGUGACAAGUAUGUUGAUGUCAUUUUGAGGCUACAGGAGGAAUUUGAUCACAGAUUUGCUGACUUCAAGACACACAGAGCCACCUUUCAAAUUUUUGCGGACCCCUUCUCCUUUGAUGUGCAAGAUGCCCCUUCUGUGCUUCAAAUGGAGCUCAUUGAGCUGCAGUGCAACUCUGAACUCAAAGCAAAGUUCAGGGAGGUGAAUGGAAAAGCAGACAAGCUUGGACAAUUUUUGAGAGAAUUGAGCCCUAGUUUCCCUCGGCUUUCCCAAAUGUUCAAGCGGACCAUGUGCCUUUUUGGUAGCACAUACUUGUGCGAAAAGCUCUUCUCCACUUUGAACUUCAAUAAGUCCAAGUACAGGUCCAGACUUACGGAUGAUCAUCUUCAAGACAUACUGAGGGUCUCAACUGCUUCCUCCCUCAGGCCAAAUCUGGCUCGGCUAUGCGAGAGGAAACGCUGCCAGGUCUCUAGCAGCAAGGAGUAGGCAAGAGAAGCCAUGUU